AUGGCGUCUUGUAAUAAAUAUACACGAGAUUCAAAAACUGUGGAGCCUAAAGAAGCACGUUCGUUAAAGCGUGCUGGUGAGCGUAGUGAUGAAGAGGACAACAAAGAUGCUUUAAAAAAAUCAAAACAUAUUGUUGAUUUGAAAGCACCCAUAUCACAUAAUAAAGGCUUGACAAUCAAACUGAAACAGCCUGCUACUAAAAAAUCUGAACCCAAACCAGAGCUUGCAAAGAAGACCUCUGUGUUUGGUGAAAGUAGUGACAGUGACGAAGCAGAAGAAAUGCCCCCAGAAGCAAGAAUGAGGAUGAAAAAUAUUGGCAGGUAA